GCCAAGAUGGCGUCGCUCUCGGCCGCAGCCGCCGACAACGGGGGCCCGGCGGGCGCCGCCGCCUCAGCACCGUCUGGAGCCAGGAAGUCCAUGCCAUCAUCUGAGGUGCCUUAUGCCUCCAGUAUGUCCAUCAAGAAAAUAGGCCAUCGAAGUGUUGAUUCCUCAGGAGAAACGACAUACAAGAAGACAACCUCAUCCGCUUUGAAAGGUGCCAUCCAGUUAGGCAUCACUCACACUGUGGGCAGCCUGAGUACCAAGCCAGAGCGGGACGUCCUCAUGCAAGACUUUUAUGUGGUGGAGAGUAUCUUCUUUCCCAGCGAAGGCAGCAACCUCACCCCUGCCCAUCACUACAACGAUUUUCGAUUCAAGACCUACGCACCUGUUGCCUUCCGCUAUUUUCGGGAGUUAUUUGGGAUUAGGCCUGAUGACUACUUGUACUCCCUCUGCAGCGAACCGCUUAUUGAACUGUGUAACUCUGGCGCUAGUGGUUCCCUCUUCUACGUGUCCAGUGACGAUGAAUUCAUCAUCAAAACGGUCCAGCAUAAAGAGGCGGAGUUCCUGCAGAAGCUGCUUCCAGGGUACUACAUGAACCUCAACCAGAACCCUCGGACUUUGCUACCCAAGUUCUACGGACUGUACUGUGUGCAGGCAGGUGGCAAGAACAUUCGAAUUGUGGUCAUGAACAAUCUUUUACCUCGGUCCGUCAAGAUGCACAUGAAAUACGAUCUCAAGGGCUCGACCUACAAGCGCCGGGCUUCGCAGAAGGAGCGCGAGAAGCCUCUCCCUACCUUCAAAGACCUCGAUUUCAUACAAGACAUCCCGGACGGCCUCUUUUUGGAUGCUGACAUGUAUAAUGCUCUGUGCAAGACCCUGCAGCGUGACUGCUUGGUGCUACAGAGCUUCAAGAUAAUGGAUUACAGCCUGCUGAUGUCGAUCCAUAACAUAGACCACGCACAGCGAGAGCCCUUAGGCAACGAAGUGCAGCACCCGCUUGAUACUCGAAGGCCAGCCCCACAGAAAGCACUGUACUCCACAGCCAUGGAGUCUAUCCAGGGCGAGGCUCGGCGAGGCGGCACCAUGGAGACAGAUGACCACAUGGGUGGCAUUCCUGCCAGGAACAAUAAAGGAGAACGGCUUCUCCUGUAUAUAGGCAUCAUUGACAUUCUACAGUCUUACAGGUUUGUUAAGAAGCUGGAGCACUCUUGGAAAGCUCUGGUGCACGACGGGGAUACUGUAUCUGUGCAUCGCCCUGGCUUCUAUGCUGAACGAUUCCAGCGUUUCAUGUGCAACACGGUGUUCAAGAAGAUUCCCUUGAAGCCCUCUCCUUCCAAAAAGUUUCGGUCUGGUUCAUCUUUCUCUCGGCGAGCCGGCCCCAGCAGCAACUCCUGCGUCACUUACCAGCCAGCCACCUCUGGGGAGCGCAAGGCCCAAGUGACAACAAAGGCGGAAGUGGAGCCAGGCGUCCACCUCGGUCGUCCUGAUGUUUUACCUCAGACUCCACCUUUGGAGAAAAUCAAUGAGGUCUCAACUCUUCCUGACCCCUGUUUCUCACCUGUAGUUGGAGACACUUUGCAAAUGCUAACUACAAGUGUCGACAACAGCGAGUACAUGCGGAACGGGGACUUUUUACCUACCCGGCUACAGGCCCAGCAGGAUGCCGUCAACAUUGUCUGUCACUCCAAGACCCGUAGCAACCCGGAGAACAACGUGGGCCUCAUCACCCUGGCCAACGACUGUGAGGUCCUCACCACACUCACCCCCGACACCGGCCGCAUCCUGUCCAAGCUGCACACGGUCCAGCCGAAGGGCAAGAUCACCUUCUGCACCGGCAUCCGCGUGGCCCACCUGGCCCUGAAGCACCGGCAGGGCAAGAAUCACAAGAUGCGGAUUAUCGCCUUUGUGGGGAGCCCCGUGGAGGACACUGAGAAGGAUCUGGUGAAGCUCGCCAAGCGUCUCAAGAAGGAGAAAGUAAAUGUGGACAUUAUCAAUUUUGGGGAAGAGGAGGUAAACACGGAGAAGCUGACGGCCUUCGUGAAUACGCUCAACGGCAAGGACGGGACGGGCUCCCAUCUGGUCACGGUCCCCCCAGGGCCCAGCCUGGCCGACGCCCUCAUCAGCUCGCCCAUUUUGGCUGGCGAAGGUGGCGCCAUGCUGGGUCUGGGGGCCAGUGACUUUGAGUUUGGAGUGGAUCCCAGCGCCGACCCCGAGCUGGCCCUGGCCCUCCGUGUGUCCAUGGAAGAGCAGCGGCAGCGGCAGGAGGAGGAGGCCCGGCGGGCGGCGGCGGCCUCGGCAGCAGAGGCCGGGAUUCCCACAGUCGGGGCGGAAGACUCUGAUGAUGCGCUCCUGAAGAUGACCAUCAGCCAGCAGGAGUUCAGCCGGGCCGGCCUCCCCGACCUGGGCAGCAUGACGGAGGAGGAACAAAUCGCCUAUGCCAUGCAGAUGUCGCUCCAGGGCGCAGAGUUUGGCCAGGCCGAGGCCGCUGACAUGGACGCCAGUUCAGCCAUGGACACAUCUGAGCCGGCCAAGGAGGAGGACGAUUAUGACGUGAUGCAGGACCCCGAGUUCCUUCAGAGCGUGCUGGAGAACCUGCCCGGUGUGGACCCCAACAACGAGGCCAUCCGGAACGCCAUGGGCUCCCUGGCCUCACAAGCCACCCAGGCCACCAAGGACGUCAAGAAGGACAAGAAGGAGGAGGACAAGAAGUGAGACUGGAGGGCGAGGGGCACGAUCCGGCCCAGAGUCUGCGUGGAGGCCGCUGGUGUCGAUCGGGCGAGACAUGGCGUCAGUGACCUAAUAAAAACGGGCAGUUCUGCUGCCUCUUCUUGUUCCCUCA